AUGGCUGAAAUCCGCCGCAAGCUUGUCAUCGUUGGCGAUGGUGCCUGUGGUAAGACUUGUCUUCUGAUUGUCUUCUCCAAGGGAACCUUCCCUGAGGUCUAUGUCCCCACUGUUUUUGAGAACUACGUCGCCGAUGUCGAGGUCGAUGGCAAGCAUGUUGAACUUGCUCUUUGGGAUACUGCUGGUCAGGAAGAUUAUGACCGUCUUCGUCCCCUUUCAUACCCCGACUCCCACGUCAUCCUGAUCUGCUUCGCCAUCGAUUCCCCCGAUUCCCUUGACAACGUCCAGGAGAAGUGGAUCUCCGAGGUUCUUCACUUCUGCCAAGGCCUCCCCAUCAUUCUCGUCGGUUGCAAGAAGGAUCUUCGUCAUGACCCCAAGACCAUUGAGGAGCUGCACAAGACCUCUCAGAAGCCAGUUACUCCUGAACAGAUUAUUGACAUAUUCGUUCAGGGUGAGGAAGUUCGCAAGAAGAUUGGAGCCUACAAGUAUCUCGAAUGCUCCGCACGAACCAACGAGGGUGUUCGUGAGGUCUUCGAGGCUGCAACCCGGGCUGCUCUCUUGACCAAGACCCACAAGAAGAAGGGCAAGUGCACUAUUUUGUAA